AUGUUCAUUCUUCAAGUCGAAAACGCUCAACUAUUGAGCUCCUCGUCGUCACCCUCCAACUGUAUCGAACGAAAACGUACCGAACCGUGCAGGACGUGCUUCCGAGUGCGUAGGAGGAUACAUCCGCCGAAUUGGGCUCACUCGACCGCAUCGCGUCAUGUGUUGUGCGACUGCUCACCGGAUCGACCCGAAACAUCACACGAGCUUAUGCCAAAGAGCAGAAGAUCGUCUGGUAGUCAACAGAUCCGAGCUCGUGAGCUGUCGGUGGUUGGGUUGCCGAUUUACUCCACAAAACGUUGUUUGGUCGAAGCGGUCGUUGAAGCAGUUGCAGCCAUAGCCCGAGGCGAGGAGCCGAAUCAUCUGUUUACCGCUUUGGCAGCAUUGGUGUCCGAUGGACUCAAAGAAGACAUCUCGUCGUGGAGUAUGAUACGCACCGUAACUGCACCAGGUCCUGCCACGAAAGACGUUUAUUCUAUCGUGAACAAACUGGAUUCGAGCGAGAAGUCCGAGAAUUCUCGUGUUGAGCAGUUCUUCGAAGAGCUUUUUAGGGAAAAUUCUCUAGAUUGCUGGUUGUGUUACGUUAUUCUGAAGGAGAACGUCCUUCGUCGCCUUUAUUCCCCAGGCAGUUUUCUAUUGGACGCUCCCACGGCUUAUCGAACGCUUUUAUGGCGGCUCGUCGACGCGCUAGCCCUUAUUCCAGUAUUGGAAGUUCGAGAAUGCUCACAACCACAUCAUACGCAGUCGAUGCUUUGGAGUGGGCCGUGUAGGCUACCAGCGGAUUCUCGAGUUCCAAAGAGCUCGUCAGUACCGGCCCGAUUGUCGAACUCGCAUAUUCGUAACCAGAGACGGUCUCGGAUACCAUUACCGAAGAGUCGCGUUAGCAUGCAUCGGACGCUUUCGCCAAUGGCGACGGCGGCAAUCACCGCGUCGCCGCUCGCUUCUGUGAUUGCGGACUUGUGCGAACCCGGUCUGCUGGUGGUGUCGCGCGGCGAACGCGUGCGGGUGCUGUCGCGACGCGGUGACGUCGCUCGCUGUUGCCGCGUGCAUCGUCGUCGCGACGUCGUCUCCACUGGCAUCGUGCCGCUCGUCAAUCUACUCAUCCGAUCAUGA